AUGGCAACGGCCGACCUUGACCAGUCAAUGCUCUAUCCCAAGAUCACAACACAUAUCCCAGAUAUCGUCGAGCAUCUGCACCGCUUGAACCGCGACCCUAGUUAUCCCAAUGUAAGCGUGGCCCUGGAGCCUGUACCCUUUAUCGGUACAGUCAAGCUCCAUGGUACGCAUGCAGAUAUACUCGUAUAUCCUGAUGAUCGCAUCGUCUUCCAGUCGCGAAACAUCCCCGGUCUAUCUGUUGCAAAAGAUAACCAAGGUUUUGCAGCGACAAUGUUGAGCAAAACCGAUGCCAUACUUCAAUUGCGAAACUUGUACUUGGCACGAUGGAGAGAACUCAAUCCUAACGCAACGAUUGAAGAAAGUUUGCCCGUGCUCAUAGCCGGCGAGUGGAUAGGCGAGAAGAUACAAAAAGACGUCGCCAUCGCCCAACUAUCCCGCCGAUUCGUCGUAGUGUCAGUUAACAUCAAUGGCCGAUGGCAGCAAGACCAGGAUUACCCUGAUAUCAAUUUGUCGGACCAUGAUAUCUACAACUCGUCAAGAUGUGGACAGUUUCACACAACACUCUACCCAGAAGACAUUGAGCGCACAGUAUCCGAAGUGGAACGCAUGACCGAAGAAGUCGCUGCGCACUGUCCGUUUGCAGCAACUUUCGAUAUAUCUGGUCCGGGCGAAGGCAUUGUCUGGAAACCUGUUCCGCCUCAUUAUAAUGCCACCCCCGCUUUAUGGUUCAAGAGCAAAGGCGGAAAAUUCAAACCCACAUUCUUCCGCCUUCCAAAACAAACCGACACUACGGACACAGUCAAAGAGAGGCGCAAAGUAGCCGCAGAUUCGGCAGUCGCGUGGUGCUCGCAACAGCGAUUAGAACAAGGCUGGGAUGUGCUGCGAGAGAAGGGUGUGGAACGAAAUGUAAGAGCACUGGGAGACUUUUUGAAGUGGAUACAACUGGAUAUACUGGAAGAAGAGAAGACGUACAUCAAAAGCUUUGGUGUUGAUGAGGCAAGCUUGAAGAUUGAAAUUGCCAAGAUUGCGAAACCAUGGUAUAGGGCGAAGCUGAGGCAACAAGACGAGUUGUGA